AUGUCGAUCGAUGCAACAAUGGAAGUAAUGAUGAAAGGGAUCCGAGAAGGAGCAUGCUAUUUUCUUCCCAAGCCGAUGAGCAUCGAUCUAGUUAGAAACUUGUGGAUUCAUGUAAUCUGGAAAAAAUUCUCUGAUGAGAAGGAAAUUAAAAGGUUGCGUCGCGAGAGUGAAAAAGGAAAGGCUCCCCUAGUUUCUGAUUCUAGAGCUCCUGAUGAUCGAGCUGCAUGCAAGGUUAUUACAAUUGAUGAUCAUGGUUCUUACAAGGCUAAAAUGAAGCAAGUCCUGGAACAAGAAGAUGAUCCAGCAACACCAAAGAAGCCUCGUGUCAUUUGGACCCCCGAGCUGAAUAGAAAAUUCGAAGGAGCCAUUGCAUAUCUAGGAAUAGAACAAGCUAUCCCAAGUAAGAUAGCCGAGCUUAUGAAUGUUGAGGGCAUCGACAGGCACCACGUAGGCAGCCAUUUGCAGAAAUAUCGCAUUCGGUUACGACAGGAAAAAGAAAGACAGGAGGCCUGUGUUUACUGGAAUCAGUUCCAUUGCACAAUAAAUCCUUCAUACCAAGCAGGAUAUAUGCUGGUGCCUCAAGCUGCUACUUAUCCUACAGGGGUCAAUGUGCCAGGGGCUGGAAAUGCCGUCUUUGGCUCGUUUUCUGGGAGUGUUCAACCACAGCAGGUAGGAGGUUGUGCCCAGCAACACUACAAUACCAAUUGCUUCCCAAAUACUGCAUUUGGAGCCACAGGUGCUGGGAUGAAUGCUCAAACUUUUAGCUCCAAUCCAGCUCAAAACAUAAGGGAGGAAAACACUGUUUCAAUGACAGAGUUUGCUGCCUUCAAUAAUAAUUUUCAAGCACCAGGAACUUCCACACCAGGUUAUCAUGCUGCUGAUGGAUUAGCUCCUUCUGGACUGCUAAUGGACUCCAUCCAGCCUCUCCCCACCAAUAUGGGGCAAGAAAAUCCUGGUGUUCAUGAAGCUGCUAGUUCUUCAAUGCCCAUAGAAGAUGGUGACAUUGAAAAAUUUAUCGAGGAGUUACUCAAGGAAGAUUGA